AUGAAUUAUCUCUCUUUUUACGUUAAUGGUAAAGAAAUUAUUGAACGUAAUGUUGAACCUGAAUGGACUCUUCUUUGGUAUCUAAGAAAUAAAUUACGAUUAACUGGUUCGAAAUUGGGUUGUGGAGAAGGUGGUUGUGGAGCAUGUACAGUUCUCAUUUCAAGAUAUAUUGGUGGAGAAUCUGAUGAAAUUGAACAUUGUACAAUAAAUGCCUGUUUGGCACCAUUGUGCUCUGUUGAUGGAUGUCAUGUUAUCACUGUUGAAGGGUUAGGUUCAGUAAAUAAAUCAAAUCUUCAUUCAACUCAAAUACGUCUUGCUGAAUUAUCUGGUUCACAAUGUGGAUUUUGUACACCAGGAAUGAUCAUGUCUCUUUAUGGUACUCUUACAUCAAAAAAUAAUUUCUUACCAACAAUGCAAGAUAUUGAAGAAUCUUUUGAUGGAAAUCUUUGUCGAUGUACUGGAUAUCGUUCGAUUCUUGAUACUGCAAAAACAUUUGCAAGUGAUAUAGAUAAAAUUCAUUAUGAAAAAUCGUCAUCAUCAGUAACAUCAACUACAAUGGAUAAAUGUUUAUCAUAUAUGGAAAAAAAUUCCUUACCAUUUAAUCAAGUAGAAUUUCCUUCAGAACUUCGAAAUUAUAUUCCUCAAUCAAUACAUAUCAAAGGUUCUUCGACUAAUUGGUAUCGUCCAAUAUCACUUAAGGAAUUACUUCAUCUUCGUCAUACUUAUCGAGGUGAUCAAUCAAAACUUAUUUUUGGUAAUACAACAGUACAAAUGGAAAGAAAAUUUCAAAAAAUUAAUUAUCCUCGUCUAAUUGCAAUAACACAUAUAAAAGAAUUACAAGAAAUAAAACGAACUAAUGAUUCAAUAUAUCUUGGAGCUGGUGUAACAUUUACACGUUUAAAAUCGAAAUUAAUUGAAUGGAAGGAUAAUAAUGAUAGUUUCUGUCAAGCUUUACUUGAUCAAUUGAAACAUUUUGCAUCAACACAAAUACGAAAUGUUGCUUCACUUGGUGGAAAUAUAAUUGCUGCUUCUCCUAUUUCUGACAUCAAUCCAAUAUUAGUAGCUGCAGAUGCUACACUUGAAUUACAUCGUGCUGAUAGUACCGAAGUACGAUACAUUCCAUUAUGUGAUUUUUUUCUUGGUGAUCAUCGUGUAUCAAUGGCUGAUAAUGAAGUUCUUGUUGCUAUUCAUAUUCCUCUUGUAAAGUCAUCAAAUAAAUAUUUUCUUCGAUCAUAUAAACAAGCUCGUCGUCGUGAUGAUUCUAGAGGAAUUGUUAGUGCUGGAUUUAAAGUUCAACUUGAACAAUCAAAUUUAGUUAAUAGUCAGUGGCAAAUUGUCUCAGUUUGUUUUUCAUUUGGUGGAAUGGCAUCAAAAACAAUUCAAGCAACAAAUACUCAACAACAAUUAAUUGGACUAUCUUGGACAAAAGAAACAAUUAAUCAAACAUGCGAAUUACUUCUUAAAGAAAUGCCACUUGAUGAAUUAAGUUCAGGUGGUCAACCUAAAUAUAGGUGUUCAUCAUUUCUUAAUAAUAUUAUUAUUACUAGCGAGAACCCAUGCGUACCGCACGGCCGACGAACAUUAGUUCAAUCAUUUCUUUUUAAAUUUUAUUCAUAUGUAUGUUAUGAAUUACGUCAACCAAUAAUAGAUUCAAGUGUUCUUUCGUCGUAUCAUCGACCAAUAUCUCAUGGACAACAAACAAUACCUGAACGACCUCAAUCACAGAAAGUUGUUGGAAGUUCAUUGCCACAUCGAUCAGCUUAUUUACAUACAACUGGAGAAGCUAUUUAUGUUGAUGAUAUGCCAUCUUUAAUCAAUACACUUCAUGCUGCACUUGUGCUUAGUACAAAACCAAAUGCUCGAAUAAAACAUAUUGAUACUGAAACUGCUUCAAAAGUUCCUGGUUUUGUAUCAUUUGUCAAUUAUAUUGAUGUACCUGGUUCGAAUAAGACAAAUGGUGCAUUGCCAGAUGAAGAAGUAUUUGUGUCGUCAAUAGCACUUUGUAUUGGUGCAAUAAUUGGUAUUGUUGUUUGUGAAACAGAACAUGCAGCUCAAAUGGCUGCAAAUCUUGUUAAAAUAGAUUAUGAAUUAUUAUCUCCAACGAUUUUAUCAAUUGAUGAUGCUAUUGAUCAUCAAUCUUAUUUUGGUGAUGAAAUAUGUCUUCAAAAAGGUGAUGUUGAAAAAUCUUUUGUCAAUGCUGAGCAUAUAUUAGAAGAUACAAUUUAUAUCGGUGGUCAAGAACAUUUUUAUAUGGAAACAAAUUCUUGUAUGGUUAUUCCAUCGAAUGAUGAUAAAGAAAUAACAUUAUAUUUGGGAACUCAAAGUGCAAGUUCUAUUCAAGAAUUAACUGCAUUAGUUCUUGGUCGAGAUGUUAGUCAUAUAACAUGUCAUGUAAAACGGGUUGGUGGAGCAUUUGGUGGAAAAGAAUCAAGAUCUUUUCCUCAGUGUCUUGCUGUUGCAGUAGCUGCUGUUAAAGUAAAUCGUCCUGUUCGUCUUAAUCUUGAACGUCACAUUGAUAUAUCUAUAACUGGACAUCGUCAUCCAUUUAAAAUAAAAUAUAAAGUAGGAUUUACUAAUGAAGGCCAAUUUUUAGGACUUGAUCUUCAAAUGUGGAAUAAUGGUGGUUGUACAUUGGAUGCAUCAAGAUCUGUAAUGGAACUUUCUAUGCUUCAUGUCGGUAAUUCUUAUCAAUUUCCUAAUAUUAAAAUUCGUGGUUAUGCUUGUAAAACACAUUUACCAUCAAAUACUGCUUUUCGUGGUUACGGUGGACCACAAGCAAUGUUUGCUAGUGAAACAAUUGUUGAACAUGUUGCUGCAUAUCUUAAACGUGAUCCAUUAACUAUUCGUCGUCUUAAUUUAUUUAAAGAAGGCGAUACAACUCAUUAUGGACAAGUUUUAGAAUUAUGGAAUGUUCCUCGAAUUUUAGAUGAACUUAGUAAAUCAAGUGAUUUUAUUCAAAGACAAAGAAAUGUUACUGAAUUUAAUCGUCAGAAUAUUUAUCGAAAACGUGGUAUAUCUAUUAUACCAGUUAAAUUUGGUAUUGGAGGUUUAGUUAAAUUUUUUAAUCAGGCAGGAGCUCUUGUUCAUAUCUACAAAGAUGGUUCCGUAUUACUCACUCAUGCAGGUGUCGAGCUCGGACAAGGUUUGCAUACAAAAAUGAUAUCAAUAGCUGCUGAAGUAUUAGGUUGUAAUAUUGAUAAGAUACGAAUUAGUGAAACAGCAACAGAUAAAGUACCUAAUAUGAGUGUAACAGGUGGAUCAGUUUCAUCGGAUCUUAAUGGAAUGGCUGUAAAACGUGCGUGUGAACAACUUCGUCAACGAUUAGAUACACUCAUUAUUGAUAAUAAUGUUAACAUUUCAUGGGAAGAUCUUGUAAAACAAGCUUAUUUUAAUCGUCUUGAUUUAUGUGCACAUGGAUUUUAUGCAACACCAAAUGUAUUUGAUUAUGAUUUCACUCAAAAUCAAGCUGCUUACAAUUACUUUACACAAGGUGCAGCAGUAACUGAAGUGGAAUUAGAUGUAUUAACAGGAGAUUGGCAUCUUUUACGUGUUGAUAUUCUUAUGGAUGUUGGUACAUCACUCAAUCCCCAAAUUGAUAUUGGUCAAAUUGAAGGUGGCUUUAUGCAAGGUAUUGGUUUAUAUACUAUGGAGGAACUUAUAUUGGGUGAUUAUAUACAAAACAAAUGGAUUCAACGAGGAAAAUUAUUUACUUGUGGACCCGAUACUUAUAAAAUUCCAUCAUUUAGUGAUGUUCCAAUCGAUUUUCGGGUUUCACUUCUAUCUGAUUCAUUGAAUCCACGAGCUGUUUAUUCAUCGAAAGGUAUUGGUGAACCACCACUCCUACUCGGUUGUUCAGUUUUCUUUGCUUUAAAACAAGCAUGUAUGGCCUAUCGAGAACAGCAAGGUUUAUUAGAUUAUUUUACACUUUAUUCACCAUCAACAGUCGAACGACUUCGUAUGGCUUGUACUGAUGAAUUUACUCGUCGUACAUGUCCUGAUCAACAUGGAACAUUCCAGCCGAAAGGCUCUUUUUGA